AUGGACUUCUCUAUCGUUCUUCUCCUUGCUUUCGCGGCCUUGGCCACUGCAGAAAGCACAACUUCAAUCUGGUUUUUCGGCAACGCAUACCUCUGGAACUCACAUAUCCCUCGCUACACAAGCGCCGCUGCCAGUGUUGCCGGUAUCAAUGCAGACGCUACAACAUAUCACAUCAGCUGUCUGAAUGAUGCCCCAUCUACCGACUGUCAGAUUAAGACUCCUUUCACCAUGAUCCAGGGCCCUCAGACUUUCAGCUUUACUGGGGUCUAUACUGCCGAACGGACGGGAGGCUUGCAAAUUACUGCCUACAGAGACUUUGACUGCAAGUUCACCUCUAGUUCUGUAUCUGCGUCCUGUUCAUUCAGUUAUUCAGCCACGGGCUCCGCCUCUGGGAUGAAGUAUGCAACCUCGACCUCCACUACUACUUCAAAUAUCCCUUCAAAAUCUGUCACCUCGUACAAAUUGGCUGUUACCGGUAGUGCCGAUUCCUUGCAUAAAUCCACAGCUACCACAACCUCCAAUGGAGCCGCUGGACCUUUCCAGCCGUUGAUUACGGCUGCGCCUAUUGGGGUGGCUGCCGUUGCUGUUGCGGGAAUAUUUUAA